AUGUCUGUUGAUUGCCACGCAGAGCAGCACUACUUGGCAACAUUUUUUUUAAAGUGUUACGGGAUUUUCCCGGAUGCCGUUGGCCACGAGGCUGGGAAGUUAGCAAAUAAUACCUUAGAUCAUGGACAGAGAUACGAGAACCAACAAGCUUUGAGGACUCUGUGGACCCUCCGCCAUCGAAUGGAUAGUUGCUUUUGUUUUGUCAUGCCUUAUGAUGGUGUUGAAAGAUGGGUGCGGAGAACUGGCCGAGAAGUGGAGGAAUUUGACUCUGGAACAUCUAGAGACUUACGUCUGCAGAUAUCUAGCUACCUCAAAGGAGAAACCGGAAAAGGCUAUCUGUCAUUCGCCAUUCGCCGUGUUGAGAUGGUAGGCUACCGGCUGGGUACAUGUAAUGCUGAAGUAGUCAGGGUAUAUGACAAUUUUCCCUAG